AUGCUAUGGGUGGCGAGCAAGCACUAUAUAAGCAACCCCCCUUUCUCAUUCAUCAUUCAUUCUCAGAGUCUCUCAUCCCUCUUCAGCGACGCCCAGCAGCUCAUUCGGAACGCUCACGCGCAACGAGAACUACCGGUCAAGCAAAGAAGAAUAACGAGGGAGACUACGAGACAAGGAGUAUCUGGCAAGAUGUCGAACAAGAUCGUCCCUCAGAUAUAUCGCCAGAUCAUCGACGAUGUGAUGGCCAGCAUCGAGGCCGAUUUUGAAGAGUAUGGAAUGGAGGAAGAGGUUCUGCAGACCCUACAAGCUAAAUGGGAAGCCAAGCUGCUCGAGACCCGAGUAGCCGACUUUAAUCGCGCGCCCGGUGCCGGUCCCAGUGGAUCCGCCGCAGACAUCGAUGAUUCACCUCCAGCAGACUCUCGGACGUCUACCGCGUCGUCACCGCCUAAAACUGCUGCUGCUGGACCAAGCUCGAGGGCGGCCCAGGGAUACCCACCUUCAGGUGCUGGACCGAGCGGAGGGGGGUUGGCAAUACCAGGUCGACCGAUGGCUCAGCCGCCAAUACAGGGCUGGUCUGGGCAGGAGAUCCAGAUAAAGCAGGACCCGGACGAUGUCCUGCGGAUGCGAGGUGGAGCUCCGUCCGAGGAAUUAGUGGAUGUCAAGCCUGAGCCAAACGCAGCUGGUCUGCUUCCAGGCGACGAGAUCAUCGAUUCCGACCUAGACGACAGUGAUGAUGAGCUGAAAGACGCCGACGAUGAGGAGGGCGAGGGCGAUACGGAUAUCGUGUUUUGUACUUAUGACAAGGUACAGAGAGUCAAGAACAAGUGGAAGACGACGUUCAAAGAUGGAAUGGUGCAUAUAAACGGAAGAGACUACCUCUUCGCCAAAUGUACAGGCGAGUUCGAGUGGUAG